AUGCGCUUCAGAGCUGACUGCGUCGUGCCCGAUCAUCCCCUUGGGCGGCAGAAGGGGGUCAAAAACAAACGAAAAGGAGUAGACAAAGCUCUUCACCAGAUUGAGCAGGCAAUAAAGAAAUCAAAAACAAGUGCAACCGAGGAUGGUGACGAUGCUAUGAAGGUUGUCUCUCAUCUGCAGGACUUGCUUGACAAAGCUCAAAGACAACUUGCCAGUCGCAGAUCACAUUCCCCAGUUGAGUUAUUGCAACCGCAGGAACCCAAGGAAGACAGUGUAAACACAAACGACGGGCUGGCGCUUGAUGACGCCGAGAAUCCCCUACAAUUACUUGCUCGUGCCUCGGAUUUGCAACUAGCACCGCUUACCUUGAAUUAUUCAGCACGAGCUGUUGACUCUUUCUUUGUUCCUAUCAAAGCCAAUUUAGAUAUUGGCCCUCAUCUGGACCCUGUUGAUCUCGGUCUCGUGACGUUUAAAGAGGCCAACAGACUAUUCGGCUUUUUCUACGAACACCUAUCUCAUACUCGCUGGGGAUUUGAUCAUGCUCUACAUACAGUCUCGUUUGUUAGAGCGCAAUCAUCGUUCCUAUUUACAUCCAUUUUGUCCGCAUCUGCAUCAUUCCUUCCCUCAACAGGAGCACUUUCGAAGAGACUCGCGUCUCACGUCCAAACACUGGCCCAGAAUGUCAUUUUAAAUCGUCAUCGGUCAGUCGAAAUCGUGUUGGCAUUCAUGGCUAAUGUCCCAUGGAUGGCUCCAGGCAGACGACUUGGCGAUGAUGACACCUGUCUAUACAUUGCAAUGGCGCUAAGUAUUGCAUUAGACUUAUCCUUGAACAAAGUAGUGACUUUGUCUAAAACUGCAAACGGUAGCCAGUUCGCGCGAGCCGAUUGUAUUGAUGCCAGGCGGGCUCUAUCCAUGGAUGGUUUCGAAGACGUGGGACCUGAUUCGGAAUAUGGCCGUAGAUUACUGCGUCGAAGGGAAAGGGCCUGGAUCGCUUUGUUUGUCGUGGAAAGAGGAGUAUGCUUGGCUCGCGGUCGGAGUUAUUCAGUGCCUAUCACAGCUCUCCUAGAAAACUGUGAUAAGUGGCACUUGUCAGAUAGGGACAUUGCAGACUCACGCGACGGGCAUAUGAACUCCAUGGCCAUACUGCGCAGGGACCUGGAUGGGCUGCUUCGCAAAGUCCGGUGUGCAUGCGAUAACUAUCAGAAAACAAAGAACGGAAUUGAUAUCGCUCGUUCGAUCAAAUCUAUGAUUGAAACUUUCUACGACACUUGGUAUUCAAUAUGGGUCUUAGCCCUCGGUGAAGGUGAAUCACGAUCUUUGCCGCCGUACGUCGAAAUCUUGGUCACGCAUACGCGACUAUCAACUUAUAGCAGCGUUAUGAAUCAUCCAACAGCUCCAACAGAAGUCAGAUUCUUUUUCCGCUCCGAGGCUUUAUCGUCGGCACUGAACGUUAUGCGCACUGCUAUCCAAGGAGAGUCGCGACUCAAAUCCAUGCCCAACAACACGGUGAUAAUGAUCGCAUUUGCCGCCUGUUCGGCCCUGAGUCUCGGUUUGCUAUUGUCCAAACAAAAUGAAAACCGCCUUGCUCCAAGUGUUCUUAAUCUCAUAACUGAAACGGCCGACGUUCUAGAGAGAAUAGGCGCGACACCAAUCCACCGCAAUGGCGCAUCUGUCUUGUACGGGAGAUUCUUACACGAGCUUGUCGCCCGUGCCCGUGGUCAACCCAAUGAAAGUCAACCGCAAGAAACUUUGCCAUUGUCAUUGUACCCAUCAAGCAAUUCGUAUAAUGCCUCUUCAUUUACGCAAGAAUAUAUGCCACCUCCAGCGCCGCCAUUUUCGUCCUCCGCCCAAAAUACCGACUUUACCCCAUCCCAGCCGCUGCAAUUUUCGUCCAUGUCGGGCGAUCAAAUUGUCGACGCUGUUAACAGUGUCGAGUUUCCGAUGGGCGAUGGCACGACUGCUCUUCCUGAUUACCAGGAUUUCCCUUUGAAUGACAUGAUGCUCUGGGAAUGGUUUGAUCGCUCAAACGCGGUCGAGUUUGGCUUUUUGUGA